AUGGAUCUGACUACCAACUACUACUAUCUACUGGAUGGGGCUGGAAUAACUGCCUGGCAGCUCCGGUUCCGCCGCGAGUUGCACCGAUUGUCCCUCCCCCACAUGCAACCACAGAGCGUACUGUGUAGACCAGCCAAUGUCCCGCGCUAUGGAGGUCGGUAUCGGCACCCGUGGAAACAGCAAAAGACCGGCUCAUGCCUUACCUCAUUGACCAUUGCCGAUUCAUUUGAUCGAUUUGUUGAUGAUGGUGUUCUGUGUGACCAGUGCCGGAGUCGCAAGACUAAAUGCAACCGUGUCUCUUCCUGCUCCACCUGCAUCGCUGCCAAUCUAACAUGUCGCAUUACCCGCCAGGCCCAAAUCACGGCCGACAGCGACUCCAGUAUGCCCAAUGUUGAUAAUCCCAAUCUAAGAGAGUUGGAGGAGGACACUACUAUUCUUGGCUCAUUUUGCUGGAUCUAA